AUGAGGAUAUUAUUACUACUCGCUGCAUUCAUAUCCCUAGUAUGCGGGACCGUACUAGUAUCAAAGGAAAUCGAACAAGAAUACUUUGUCCAGGGCAGGCCAACUACCGUCAAAGUAUCCGUAUUCAAUCUAGGACCAGAGGUCAUCACAAACGUCAUCUUGAAUGACAAGAGCUUCAAAAACCACACACAAUUCACGAUCCAAGAAGGUUCAACAACAUCCACCACCUUCCCCAAAGUCAAUAUCGCUGCAAACGCUACCUUCUCUUAUGUCGUUGUCGCGGCCAUAACUGGUCCAUUCCAAGAUGAACCUGUUGCGGUUCAUUAUACUGUAAAUAACAAGAAAGUCACGGCAUGGUCUUCGUCAUUGGGAGCUGUAUAUAUCGCUACUGAACAAGAGUAUGCUACCAUUUCUUCACAUACUAACGAAUGGCUCAUAUUUGCUGGUCUGGCAUCAUUGCCAAUUGUUGUGCCAUAUGUUCUCUAUAGUUCUUCAGUCGGUGAACUUAGACCUUCAAAGAAGACUCAAUAG